UUUAAGGACAACAACGAGAUCCUGCAGUGAAAUCGGUAAGAUUUACUCACUUCGCACCCAUUGUAUACUAUUAACUGCAUGAUGAUUCAAUUUUACCUGCGUUUUGUUGUUAGCAUUUUACGCAUGCAGCUACAACUGCAUUGAUAGUUUUGGCAUUUGUCAAUCAUCAUCUAGAUCAACUAUGGCAUCAAGUCAAUCAUCAUCGUGUGUACUGAAUGAUCUUGAACUUGACUCGCCAAGUUGUUGGUGUGGUUUGAAAGCGCCAUUAAAGAUCUCCCGCACCCACAAAAACCCGAAUAGGAAAUUCUAUGCUUGUCCAAAUUUCCAGACGGGACAAACAAGAUGUCAAUUCUUCGUUUGGGAAGAUAUACUGCAAUCAGUACUACGUGAGACUGCCAACAAGACAAGAGAGAAUGAACUUCGUCUGAGGGAGGAUGCUGUUUUGUUGCGUGAAUAUGAAGCCCAACAAGAAAAGGACAAACUAAGGGAGAGGGAGACUCUGCUGAAGAAUCAAGAAGACGAACUCGGAAGAAGGAUGGCCUCGAAUAGGAUUGGCCGUAUUUUGUUGUGUAUGUGUUGGAUUGUAUCUCUUGUUAGAUUUUUUGGUUGGUUCUGAAUGUGUAUCCUAUUCGAUCUA